AUCAGAAAGGUCGUUUUUAGUGGUAGAAUUUCCCAUGGACGAUUGGAGGAAUAACUUCGAUCAUUUUGUUAAUGAUGUUGAAAUUUCAACUGAAACUCUUCCAAUGGAUAUCGUUAUUGAUGUUAUUGAUGAUGAAAAUAGGGAUCGUCCGAACGUAAAUCCUAUCGAUCAAGUGAUCCCUGUUUUUACAGUUGAUGAUACUGGUUACUCUGGUGAUGAUCCUGAUGCGCAACCUUGUUCAGUUUCCGAUUCUCCUUCACUACCAAACGACGAAGUCAAUGAAGGCCGUGCGGAUAAAUUCACAAAUUGUACUCUAAAUGAUGAAGGUGCAACACACAAAAUCGACAAAAACGAAUCUGCUCGCCCGGUAGAUAUUAUUACCAUAACAGAUGAUUCACCUAUAGGCUUAGAUAACCGACUCAUUGCUACCCCAUCUUUAACGGACGCGCAUCCUUCUUGGGACUGUUUGGUAUUUCAAACUUCACCAGGCAGACCAGGAAGAAAGUCCAAGAUACGAGUGACAGCCGAAGAGAAAGCGAAAUUCAAUACACUUGUAUUUAGCUCUUUCCUGGGAACAAAACGUGACAACGCUUCGCUCAUUUUAUCCACUUCAAAGUCAAAUGAUACAAAUGAUACGGAACUAGCGGGAAUUAAAAGUGGGAUAUUUUAUGGGCUCACAAUUUUUUUUAAAGAUCGAGCUUUACAUAUCCGAGAAAAUUUAAGAACUCUUGUGACACAAAAUGGAGGUGAAGUUUGCGAUAAGCUGAAAAAAAUAACCACUCAUGUAAUAACAUGUAAACCAGUACCUUGGUAUAAGGUUGAUGAGUUGCGGCGCAGCACAAACUGCCGGGUAGUCAACCCCGAAUGGAUUUUGGAAUGUACACGUGUUGGUCGACGUGUUAAUGAAAAUGCAUUCAAUAUGGCUGGGGUUCAACAGUCGCAACCAACAAUUUUAAAAUUUAUGAGUGGAGAUACAAAUGAUCAACUAGGUUCUGAUGACCUUCCUAAUACAAGGAAAAGAGGAAGAGAGGUUGAUGAUAUUCCAAGUGAAAACAAGAGGCAUCGAGUCAAUUCUUACGUUGGUUCUGAAAUUCAAAAUCAUGUACAAGAUAUCGAAUGCGUCUGAUUUGAAGCAGUUAGAAGUUUGUAGGUGGCAGCAAUGGCUUUUUGCAUGAACAACCGAUGGAUCGAAAAAAAAGGUCGAAUAAUAAGUGUCGUAUGUUUACUGCGACAAAAGUAGAUUUUGACAAUUAUUAUGCAAACGAUAAGAAAUUUAUUCUUCAAUGGGUCACAAUGUCUUGUAGGUGCACUAUAGAAAUUGGUAUUGGAUACCCUUUUAGUAGAGCUAACAUUUUGUUGUGGCGCAUAAGAAAUAAUCAAUGACAAUUUGAUUUGCAAGAAAUGCUGAUAUCUGGAUCUAAA